GUGAAAGAUAAGGGCAGACAAAGGACAAAACAAAAGCACCAAAAAACUUGACUGUAUAUAGGGGGAAGUUGGGGUUUUACAUUAAGCUAUAUUUUACAACCUCGAAGGGAGCCUUGGUGUAACUGGUAAAGUUGCUCUUAUGUGACGAGUAGGUCACGAGUUCGAGCCGCGGAAACAGCCUCUUGCAAAAAUGCAGGUGAAGACUGCCUACAAUUGACCCUUGUGGUCCAGCCCUUCCCCGGAGCCCGUGCAUAGCGGGAGCUUAGUGCACCGGACUGUCCUUUUUUUAUAUUGUUUAACCUCAUAUAAGAUGCCAAAACACAGUUGGCUUCAAUGCACAUAUCUCACAUGAAAGGCUGAUCUUUGGUGGAUGAAACAGACAAGGAAUUUAAAGGUUCUUACAACCAAGAGUACUGUAACAGGACCUCUUCUAUCUAAUCAAGAACAUUGGGGUAACACAUUCUUACCUAUUUCUGGAGUGGGACACCCUCCUUGUAUUUCCAUUUCAGAAGCUGCUUCUCUAUUUAUGAGCUAGACAUUGAGAGUAAAGAGGAUGGUAUUUCAGGUGUGACAGAUAAGUAUUAAUAAGUGAAAGAAAGAACAGAAUCCUACAAUUCCAAUCUGUCUUGCUAUUGUGCUGCACCAGCUAAUUAUCAAAUAUCUUAUUCAAUCUGGGUAUAAACAUGCAUUGAGGAAUGAGUAAAGAAGAAGAAUGCAGCAGUAAUGAGUCCGGUUGGACAAUGUAUAUCGGUUCACCUUAUCGUGAUGGUGAAGAUGACGACGAUGAUGAAGGAACUCCGAGGAAGGGAUACAAGAAUCUUGAUUAUAUUGAAGAAGGUGGUGGCAGUGAUGACUCCAUGACUUCUGACGCUUCAUCUGGUCCAAGUCAACAAGGAGUAAGCACAAGCGUAGAGCAACGUUACGGGAAUCAUGAAUUCAAGCAUGCAGAAAAAGACAACAGGAAGUUCACAAGUAAGGAACAACAAAGACAGGCGAAGAAGAAACUGAUUGAUAAGAAUGUAAAAGCAGCAAAAGAAGAUCCAGGACAUAAAGCAAAAAGUGGCAAAAAUUAUGGUUAUUGCAGAUCAACAACAAGGGGAAAGCAUGUGAAUUAAGGGCUAAACUGAGACACCAUAAUCACUGUAAAUCCUUCUUAUUUGAUUCUUCACCGUCAGUCAUUAGUCCCAUUUCUGAUAUCAGAUUUUGGGUUGAUAUCUUGAAGGGAGUAUUUCACUUUUUUUAUUUUGGUUCUGACGGUGAAAGAAGAAAUCAUGUAAAAUAUUGAGUGAACCUACUUAGCUCAUGAACAACAAAUGUAAUGCAUCACAUAUCCUAUAAUGUCAAGAUUUAAGAGUGUCGUCGAUGAGGUAUAUUUGCAUAUCCUCUAAUAUCAAAUUUUUCAUCUCUUUCUUCUCAA